UGGAAUAAUCCAGAAGAGAAACAAAGAAGCCAGAAGAAAAAGAGAAAGAAAAAAAAAAUUCAACCAACCAACGGUGAUGACGGAGUCCACAUUCUCUAUCGCUAACCCACCGGAUCUGAACCCUAAUACGCUGCCCGAUCCCGAGAUGAUCUCAGUCCCGCCGCUAGAUCCUCUCUUCCUCUCUGCUUCCGAUCCAAUUUCCGAUCUAAGCUUCCUCCUCGACGACGAGAAUGGAGACUUGGCGGAUUUGGAUUUCUCGUUCGACGAUUCCGUUGAUUUCUUCGAUUUCGACCUCGACGCGGAUCUCCCGGUGGCAAUCACAGAAUCGAUCGCGACCCAUGCGGAUAUGGAUUCACCGGAGAUAAAGAUCGUCGAUAGAGGUUUAGAAGAUCGAUCUGACUCUGUUCAUUCACAGGUCUCGUCGCAAGGCUCGAAGAGCAAGAGGAAGAAGGGAAACUCUGGAGGAGAAUACAGGAGCUUCAAGUACCAAAAGUCUGAUGAGAAAUCAGCUUCUCCUGUGGAGGAGGACGAUGAGAAGAAGAAGGCGAGGCUGAUUAGGAACCGCGAGAGCGCUCAGCUUUCGAGAUUAAGGAAGAAGCAAUACGUUGAGGAGCUUCAAGGGAAAGUCAAGAGUAUGAACUCCACCAUUGCUGAAUUGAACGGGAAGAUCUCGUAUGUGAUGGCUGAGAAUGCAGCGCUAAGGCAGCAGAUGAUGGCUGCUUCUGGUGCUCCUAUGAAUCCUUACAUGGCUCCACCGCCUUUACCUUAUCAGUGGAUGCCGUAUCCUUAUGGAUCACAGAUUCCAUUGGUUCCUAAAUUGCCUCUCCCGAGUUGUAGUAGACCCAAGAAGGGAGAGGGGAGAAGCAAGCGCAAGAAGGUUGCUAGUAUUAGUUUUAUUGGGAUUCUCUUCUUUAUGUUCUUGUUUGGUAUGUUGGUUCCGUUUAUGAAUGUUGACAAUGGAGGAGAUCGUGGUUUGGCUAAGUAUGAGGGUCGUAGGUAUUAUGAUGAGCAUAGAGGGAAGGUUCUUAUGGUUGGUGAUGGGUCUGAUGUUAGAAGAGAAAGUGUCUGUUCUAGUAGAGAUAGUUGUGGGGGAGUAGAAGGACGACUGAGUAAUGCCAGUGAGCCUCUCUUUGCUUUUCUCUACGUUCCAAGGAACGAUGGGCUUGUGAAGAUCGACGGGGACUUGAUCAUUCAUUCUGUUUUGGCUAGCGAGAAAGCUAAGAAGAAUGUGUCUGAGACGAUAAAAAGCGAAGAACCUUAUUUGACGGUUCCUGGUGCCCUGUCUUCUGCAUUAGCUGUCCCUGAUGUGAGAGGAAAUGGAGCAAUGCUUCCACAUUCUUCCAAGGCUCUCUCUUCUGGUUCGCCUGAUGGGAAGAGACUUCAUCAGUGGUUUCAUGAAGGCGGCGCAGGGACACUAAUGGAUUAUAGCAUGUGCACCGAGGUCUUCCAGUUCGAUAUUUCUCCAGGUGCUAUAGUCCCAUCAUCAGUCUCCAACAUUACAAGGGAGCAUCUCCAAAAUGUCACCACCACCCGACACAAGAGAAUGAAGAACAGGAGGAUUCUCGAGGGGCUUCCGGUUUCACGUUUGGCAUCUGAGCUUAACAUCACGGAAGCCCAGGCGAGCAAAGACGCCCAAAACAAGAGCUUUCAUGGGAAAGAUAAUACCAAACCCACAUCCUCGUCAAUGGUUGUCUCAGUGUUGCUUGAUCCAAGAGAGGUCGUUGACUCUGAAACCGAUAGAGUCAUGCCCUCAAACCCGAAAUCACUUUCCCGGAUCUUCGUGGUGGUGCUUCUAGACAGUGUCAAGUACGUUACCUACUCAUGCGUUCUUCCCCGGUCAGGUCUCCAUCUUGUGGCUACCUGAAUCCGACAUAAUCUCAGCGCUUCUCGAUCAAAGACCCGACUGAUCUGCAGUAUUUUCUUGGCAUUGAAGCAACUCGUACAACGACUCGUCUUCAUCUAAUGCAACGGAAAUAUAUUACAGAUCUCCUACACAGAACCAACUUGUCUGAAGCUAAACCUGUAACCACGCCUCUACCCACCUCGCCAAAACUGACGCUGCAUGGCGGAACUCUUCUUGGUGAUGGAACUGAAUACAGGUCUGUGGUUGGAAGUCUCCAAUAUCUUACUUUCACAAGACCAGAUAUCUCUUUUGUUACUCGUCUCUCACAGUUCAUGCACAAGCCCACCAUAGAUCAUUGGAACGCAGCCAAAAGAAUCCUCCGCUACCUUGCUGGCACAAGCUCACAUGGCAUCUUCAUACACAAGAACUCCAGCUUCUCCCUACAUGGCACCUUAUAGAAGAUUAUUGUUUAAGCGGGGGCCCCUAGGCCAAUGUUUUUUUAACCCCUAGACAGAUUUUUUGAUAAAUUGGUUUGAAAAAAUCGUUCUGUUCACGCCUAGACUUUUUUUAUAACACCCGUGAUUUGUUUCGUUUCUUACGGAUAUUGCAUAUUAGUAUUUGGUUUGCUUCGUAAA